CAGUUGAAAGUAUUUAAUGAUCUUGGAAAAGGUGUGUUAGAAAAUGCUUGGCAAGGUUAUAAUUGUUCUCUAUUUGCCUAUGGUCAAACUGGUAGUGGUAAAUCCUACUCUAUGGUGGGCUAUGGUAAUAACAAGGGCAUUGUACCCUUGGCUUGUGAAGAUCUAUUUAAAGGUAUAGCUGAUAAACGUGUUAAUGCUAAGAAAGAUGAAGAAUAUCAGGUAACUUUAAGUAUGUUGGAGAUUUAUAAUGAACAAGUCCGAGAUCUGCUAAAUACUAAAACAUUACAAAAAGGUGGCUUAAAAGUUCGACAGCAUCCA